AUGGCAGACCAGUACCACCAACCACAACCCAGCCCAGAACCCACGCACCACAACCACCACCAACCCGACCCGCCACCCCAAAUGACCCACGACGACGACCGAGAAAAACCCCCCAAGAAGGUAAGCGGCUACGGGUUCCCCCCCUACGUCCGCCGCCGCGAAACCCUCUCCAAGGCCGCCGCCAUCAUCCUCCUCCUAGCCGCCACCACCGUCCUCAUCCUCUGGCUGGUCUACCGCCCCCACCAACCCAAGUUCCACGUCAUCUCCGCCGCCCUCCAGCAGCUCAACGCCACCUACUCCCCCACCCCGUCAGUCUCCGCCGCCGUGCAGCUGACGGUGGUCGCCCGCAACCCCAACCGCCACGUGGUCCUCCUCUACGACAACCUCUCGGCGCUCGUGUCAUACCUGGGCCAGCCCAUCACCCCGCCGGCGCCCCUCCCGCCGCUCCGCCACGGGACGAAGAGCACGGUGGCGCUCUCGCCGGUGCUGGGCGGCGGAGGGGCGGUGCCGGCGCCGCCGGAGCUGGUCGGGCAGCUCCUGGCGGCGCCGGACGGCGGGGUAGCGGGAAUGAGGCUGGUGAUUGAUGGGAGGAUUAGGUAUAGGGCGGACGGGCCCACGUUUAAGAGGGGGUGGCGCGGGGUGCGCGUGAGGUGCGAUCUGGUGGUGGGGCGGCUCACGGUGGGGUUCGUCGGGCAGCUGCCUCUGCUUAAGUCUCCGCCGUGUGAUGUCGACGCGUGA